AUGCGCUUUUUGAGAACAUUCAAUGUAGUGGGCGUCCAUGCCGCGGGCGAAGUUGGCGACGUCGUGGUGGGAGGCGUUCUCGACGUCGCGGGCAAGACCAUGUACGACAAGAUGCUUCACUUUUUAACCAAGGACGAUCAAAUUCGACAGCUUCUACUCAACGAGCCGCGGGGUCGGUCAGCCAAGUGCGCCAACCUCAUUCUGCCGCCCUGCGACCCGCGCGCCGACGCCGGCUUUCUCACCAUGGAGUGCGAAGAGUAUGCGGCCAUGUCGGGCUCCAACACGAUAUGUACCACCACGGUCCUCCUCGAGACGGGCAUGAUCAAGAUGCAAGAACCCACGACCAAGAUUACUCUAGAUACUGUGGCGGGCCUCGUUACCGCCACGGCAGACUGCCAGGAUGGAAAGUGUCAAUCGGUCGAAGUGCACAAUGUCCCCUCGUUUGUGGUGGCCCUCGACUUCGAGGUAGAAGUGCCGGGAUUGGGCAAGGUUCUCUGCGAUAUCGCCUGGGGCGGCAUGAUGUAUGCCAUUGUGGAUAUUGCCUGUACUGGCCUGUCACAUGACUCUGUCCAUGGCAAAAAGCUUGUCGAGUAUGGAGAGCUGAUCAAGAGAGCCGUUCAGGCCAAGAUCCAUCCUGCCCACCCCGAGAACCCAGGUAUUCACGGAGUCACAAACUUCAUGUUCACGGUGCCGCAUCAAGAUUGCCCAACCGGCAAGUUGGCCAGAAAUACCGUCGUCGUUUCUCCUGGCAGACUUGAUCGAAGCCCAUGCGGCACUGGCUGCUCCGCUAGAAUGGCCGUCAUGCAUGCGCGUGGCCAACUUGCCGUUGGAGAAAAAGUCCGGCAUGUGAGCAUUAUCGGGACAGAGUUUGAAGGUGGCGUGCUGGGAACCACCAAGGUUGGGGAUUAUGAUGCCAUACUACCUUCUAUCAAGGGUAGUGCCUGGAUCUCGAGUUUUCAGCAAGUUGUACUCGAUCCGCAGGACCCAUUCCCAAACGGCUUUCGGGUUGGCGAUGCUUGGGAGACGCCUGCUUAG